AAAACGUUUUGGUUUUUUUUCCACCCCGGCUGCACUUGUCGACUGACGGAUAAUGUGUUCAGCUGGACCUUUUGACCCUUUGUGAGGGUUAAACUGUAUGUUUUUCUUGCUGCCUUACACCGUUUGUAACCCUUGUCGUCGCGUCAACAUGAUGCGCUUCCUGCUGCUCUUCAGUCGCCAGGGGAAGCUGCGUCUGCAGAAGUGGUUCACGGCGAUGACGGAUCGUGAAAAAAAGAAGAUCAUCAGGGAAAUGACCACCAUUGUGUUGGCACGGCAACCACGCUCCUGCAACUUUCUGCAGUGGAAAGACCUGAAGAUCAUUUACAAGAGGUAUGCAAGCUUAUAUUUCUGUUUGGCUGUGGAGAACCAGGAGAAUGAGCUAUUGGCCCUGGAGGUUAUUCACCGCUAUGUGGAGCUGCUGGACAAAUACUUUGGAAAUGUGUGUGAGCUGGACAUUAUCUUUAACUUUGAGAAGGCCUAUUUUAUCCUGGAUGAGUUUCUAAUGGGAGGAGAGAUCCAAGAAACCUCUAAACAGAUUGUGAACCGCGCCAUCGAAUCCUCCGACAUGUUACAGGAGGAUGACCACAGUGAGUGGUAUGAGGUGGAGCUGUUUGGACCUUGAAUAUGGACAGACAGACCAUGGAGGAGUACAUGAGCAAGCCUGCGUUUUAACCUGCGAAGAAAGAAGACCGGACGUGCCCACACACACUACAUACGUACUGUAUCUGCGUCAACAAAGUUUCUGAAAAUGAAUUUGCUUACUGAACCUUUUUCUUAAAAAAAAAAAAAACAGUUUUUAGUGCCUGUUCACCGUCUGCCUGAAGGUUGUUUUUACAUUGAUUAUUGUUAAUGAAGUUCUGUUAGAGKAAGAUGGGGGUUUUGAAAAUCAUAACAAGUUUAAAUUUGUAUUGUGAAUUAACAUGUUGGAGGGUAUAAUUUCACCUUGAAAUGUCUGAUUUUGAAACAAUUUUGUUAUUUAUGCUGCUUCACUUAAAAUCUUACUGGUUUCCUCACCAGCAGAUAAAAAAAAAGAUUUUUUUCUAUUAA